AUGGGAGGUGAAGGAUCGAAAAUCCGACGCUCCAAAUCGACGGGAAUUAAAAAAUCAGCGAAUCGAACCACACAGCAUAACACACCUUCAAAAACUAAACCAACUGGUUGUACUGAUAAUCUGCUCAAUGUUGAUUUUGGUAUCCGAGCAGGAAAUUCAUCAAAAUCUUCUCAGGAAUUAAAUAUUAAUCGGAGUCGUUCCGGGAGUAUAUGCAGCUCACGAAGUGUGUCGAAACAAAAGCAUCCAAUUCCAAUCCGUGAUCGAAACCUUAUUCAGAGUUGUUUUCAAAAUCCACACGAAAUUAUUGGUCAUAAAAUUUUACAAAGAGCUUAUGAGAAGCGGAAUGGCUUUGCAAAUUUCUAUGCUAAAUUAAGCAGCGAUGAGAAGGAUGAUAUUGAAGAGGGAAUUAAAGUUCUUCUGAAGAAAACUGUUGCAAACAUUAAUUUUAUGGAUGAAGUUCAACGAUUGGCAGAAGAAUUCGGUGGCAAGCAUGUCAAAUUUCGAGUUUUAGGUUUCAAGCCUGAAUUUUUCGGAGCUUAUGCUGAUGCUACCAUAACUGAAUGUAUAUUCCUAGACAAUGCUAUGCAUCCUACGCAUCAAACACUUACCGCAUUUUCUUCAUUCAUCACAGUGGUAUAUUCAUCGGUGAGAGAUGGCUUUUAUGAAGAAAUGCGACGUAUGCGACGUGCAUCAAACAGUUUUAGUACGGGUUCUAAUUCGUCUUAUAUGAAGAAAACUAUAUCAGGCGACCUUGGUACUGACUUACUACAGAGGUCAGCAAGUCCGGGUAAUGAGUCUCGCGUAUCAGAUUUUAGUGCAGUGAUAGUGAUAACUGCAGAUAACGAUAGCUUGCUGAAAGAACCCUCGAAUGAUCCCUAA